AUGGAGGAUGAAUCUACAAGUUGUCGUCGGUUGAAUUUUGAAGGAAAUGAAGAUAGACAAGAAGGUGACUUUGAUUAUAUUGAUGAAGGCUUGAACAUUGAAACAGAUUUGGAUAUACCACAAUUGGGAUUGGAAUUUGAAACAGAAGAAGAUGCAUAUCAAUUUUAUUUGACAUAUGCUAAAAAGGUUGGGUUUGGUGUAAGGAGAGGUAAAAGAGGAAAAGACAAACGAGAUCUUUAUGUCAAAGCAAGUCGUGAUGAAACAAGGUUUGGUUGUGAGGCUAAAAUGAAGAUUUGUAAUCGGAAAAAAAACAAGUUUACUGUGGUGCAGUUUGUUAAAGAGCAUAAUCAUUAUCUCUCAAGUCCAAGCAAAACACACCUCUAUAGAAGUCAUAGGAAUAUUUCUUCUUCUGCAGCGAUACAGAUUGAGAUGGCAAGUGAUGUGGGAAUCCCCCCAAAAGCAUCUCAUGAUCUUAUGGUGAGGCAAAUGAGAGCUGAUUAUGCUAAUUUUGGAGAUGUUGUUUGCUUUGACACAACCUACAGAAAGAACAAUGAAGGUCGGCCAAUUGCAUUGUUUGUAGGUGUUAAUCAUCAUAAACAAUCCAUACUUUUUGGUGCUGCUUUAUUAUAUGAUGAAACUAGUUUGACUUUUGAGUGGUUAUUUGAUACAUUAACUAGAGCUAUGGGUGAGAAAAAGCCAACUACUAUUCUUACAGAUCAAGAUGCAGCAAUGGCAAAGGCGUUAGCUUCUAGAUGGCCUGAAACACAUCAUCAGGAAGAUUUUAUUUCAGCAUGGAACAUGAUGUUAGCCAAGUAUACACUUGAAGACAAUGAUUGGUUGAGGCGUAUGUACAACAUCAAGGAAAAAUGGGUUUUAGUAUAUGGGCGACAAAUGUUUUGUGCGGAUAUGACUACAACCCAAAGAAGUGAGAGCAUGAAUAGUAUUGUGAAAAAGUAUGUCACUUAUAAACACAAGUUUUUAGACUUCUUCAGUCACUUCCAAAGACUCCUUGAUGAUCGUCGAUACGAGGAAUUAAAAGCUGACUUCAAAUCUAACACAACUGUUCCCUAUUUAAUGUUUUCUAUUGAGAUUUUGAAGCAUGCUAGUGAAAUUUAUACUCCUGAGGUAUACAAGUGCUUUCAACAGGAGUGGUGCUUAUCUCAUGAUUCUACUCUAGAAAUUUGUGAGGAUGUUGAUACAUUUGCAAAAUAUAAAGUUACUCCUCACAAAAAGAGAAACCAUCAUAUUGUUACACUUGAUAAGGAGUGUGAAAAAAUUGAGUGUAGCUGUAGAAAAUAUGAAUUUGCUGGAAUUUUGUGUUCUCAUAUUCUGAAAAUAUUUACGUGGAAAAAUAUCAUGAAAAUCCCAAGUGAUUAUGUAUUGAAAAGGUGGACAAGAAAAGCAAAAAUUGGAUAUUUUGGAGUUAAUGAUUCAAUGGCCAACAAUGCUACUUUGGAUCCAAAAGUACUUCAAAAUAUGCGUUACAAAGAGUUGUGUGGGUUGAAUGUUCAAUUGGUUACUAAGGCAGCAGAAAGGGAUGACACUUACAUGUUUGUUAAAGAUGCUAUGUUGAGCUUGUGUAAGAUGGUGGAUGAUAAGUUACAAGGUACUGAAUCAAAUGUCCAACAAUCAAAUGUGAGCCAAGCAUCCUGGGAAAUUGAAGGGAACUCUACUGGAGUGAAAGGGAUUAAAAUGAAGAAAAAAACGAUGUCAGGUAAAAGGUUGAAAGGUGGGUUAGAGAAGAUUUCAAGGAAAAGAAAAGCAGCGAGGAAAACAAAUCAAGCUUCAACAAUUGGUGUAGAUCAAACUAUUUCCAGCGUGGCCAGCGUACAAUGUGACCGGUUUAGUGAUCAACCUAUAAAUUUUGUGCCGACAAUUGGUAGUUCUGUUAGUAGUUUCAAUAUGACUGAGACUCAAUUUCCACCAUUAUUGACAUCACAACUUUCUCAGGUGCAAUUCCCAUAUGUGCAGUUUGCUGGACCACCUCCUGCAACCUCCUUCCCUUAGACAUCAACGAUCUCGUUCCAAAUGGUUUGAGAGUCAUACCUGAGCUUCGAUUGCUUUUGGAAAUUUUUUAGCUCUAGGGCAUUUUCAUUGAAUGCUUGUGGGAAUAUUUUGGUGGUUGUUGUCCUAGGAAUCUGAUCUCCUUAGGGUGUCUACCUUUGUUUUUGUUCUUCAUUUCCCCAUUUUGUUUUCGCUUACUUUGACUGAUAGUGCUUGUGAGUUGCAUAUUAUGGUCUUAACAUCCUUUU